UUAUGGCUGUUAUUUUUUUCUUUAACCAUUUGAACUGCUCCCUUCAUCGCAGCUAAAAAGAUGCGAUGGUGCACAGUGUCAGAUCCUGAACAGAGGAAGUGUGCAGAACUAGCUAAAGCUCUGGCAGCAGUGGUGUCACCAGCCAUUCUGGCAGCUUUUGCCAGACUUUCAUGCAUACGAGCAUAUAGCACAACCGACUGCAUCAAUAGGAUCAAGGCUAAUCGUGCUGACAUUGUGACUUUAGAUGCAGGAGAAAUUUACUCGGCUGUCAAGCAGUUUGACCUUGUAGCCAUUGCUAAGGAGAUCUACAGUGAUGGAGGCUGUACUCUGUCUGUGGCUGUGGUGAGAAACAACAGCUUAGACAUACGAUCCCUACAGGGCCGCAGGAGCUGCCACAGUGGAGUUCGAUGGACAGCUGGAUGGAGUCUCCCACUCGGCUUCCUGCUGUCCCGAAACUACCUGAGCUGGGCAAAGGAGCAUCCGCUUAGUCAGGAUGUCAGCACUUUUUUCAGUGCCAGCUGUAUUCCUGGUGCCGGUGCGAUGGCACUUCCUCUGUGCACACUGUGCCAGGGCCUGAAGUCUUACAUACGCCAGAAGAAUUACCACUGCGAAACAUCCCACAGUGAGCCCUUCUACAACAACCAGGGAGCUCUCAGAUGUCUCAGGAGGGGGAUAGGGGAUGUUGCAUUUGUGGACCAUUUAGCACUUGAAACUAUUGAAGAGAGUGAGCGUGAUGAGUUCAGGUUACUGUGUUCUGAUGGCACACAAGCUCCCCUCAGCCAGCACAGAAGCUGUAAUCUGGGUCGUGGUCCAGGAGGGGGCAUGGUCACCAGAGUCAAUUUUCGCAAGGUUGUUCGCAAAUUUCUAGCAACUGUGCAGACGCUGUUUGGUCGGCAAGGAAGAGAGAGGCAGCGCUUCCAACUCUUCAGCUCCUCAUCUUUUGGAGAAAACGAUCUUCUCUUCAGAGAUGUGACUGAGAAACUCGUUGUCCUGCAAGACGACAUAGACGUCAGUCAGGUGCUGGGGCUGGAUUAUGUGGCGCUACUCAAAGGACUUGGGCAUGAAGGAAGCUCACUGGAGGACAGUGUCAUUAGAUGGUGCUGCAUCAGCUACGCAGAGCAGAAGAAGUGUGAGCAGUGGGCGCUCAGUAUAAAGUCUGACCCACUGGUGUGCGUCAGAGCCAUCUCAAUGCGUGACUGUAUCGAGAAAAUUAAGAGGGAUGAGGUGGACGCUGUCUCGCUGGAUGCAACGCAUUCGUUCAUCGCAGGGAAGUGUGGUCUUGUCCCCGUUGUGACGGAAUAUUAUGGAAAAAACUGUGUGCCUGCUGAAGGAUCCACUCACUUGGAGACAGAUGUCUUUCCCUCAGUUGUGGGUUUAGCAGUCGCAAAGCACUCCAGCAGGAACAUAUUUAUCGGGAAUCUCGGAGGCCGUCGUUCCUGCCACAGCAACACCUACAGCCCUGCAGGCUGGCUCCUGCCAUACAGACACAGCUUAAGCCUGGCGAACAACAGCAGCUCCCCCUGUGAUCCAGACAAAGUGUACAAUGAGGUGUUCUGGAAAAGCUGUCUUCCUGGAUCUAAGGGGAAUCUUUGCAAGGUAUGCAUUGGAGGCACAGGGGAGACUGCAACCAAACGCUGCACCGAAAACCACAAUGAGCGUUACUAUGGAAAUAUGGGAGCUUUAAGGUGCUUAGUUGGAGAUCGCAGCGGGAAAAGCUACGGUGACGUGGCCUUUCUUGAGCAGCACAGCCUUCACACAAACAUCCUCGGUCUGAACACCACUGGCUGGGCAGAGGGGUGGUCAUCGUCAGACUUUGAGUUGCUGUGUGCUGACGGUCGUCGGGCACCACUGUCAGACUGGGAGACUUGUAAUCUGGGAGUCAUCCCACCAAACACCGUCAUGACACGGCCCGUGCUCACAGCACGAGUGUACGACUUCCUUAUGAAGUCACAGGAAGCUCUGGCAGUCAACUCAAACACAGAGUUCAGGCUCUUUGAGUCUCAUCAAUAUGGAGAAAGUGAUUUGCUGUUUAAAGAUGCAACACAGUGCUUUGCCCACACGAGUCACAUGGAUUACCGCUCCAUCCUCGGAGAGGAGUUCUACACCCACGCAGACACGGUCUUUAAUUGCACGCACUCUGAUAUAUUGGAGUUUUGCAAUCAAGAUGUGUGCAGCAUUUUUUAAUGGACCCACCAACAAGAACAACGCAACCUCUGUGCUUCAGUUGUUCCACUCUUCAUCCACAUGUUAUGUCUGCGAACCAUCACUUUUUAUCAUCAUGUUCACAAAAAAACUCUACAAAAUGUUAAAAUGUUGGGUGUUUUUUUUUUUUAUUUUUUUACUAAAUUUAGAUGCCAUCUGAACUAAAAAUGAUGAGUGAUGUGUAAUGUGUGUGUUUUUCAAAGACACAAAAAAUGCAUUUAAGCAUGACAGUAAAUGCAAGAAUUCACUGUCAUACUGAUUUUAUCUUAUGACAUUCUCUCAGCAAAAUGUCACACAUAGAACCUGUUAUAAUGCCCAGCACUGCAGUUAUCUCUGUACUACAUAUAUUGUGCUAUAAUUAGCUGUAUGUUGUACUAUAAUUACCUCUUUUUUCAGAUUUAUUUUAACACUGCUGAUUUUGGGGGAGAGGCAGAACUUCUUUGUUGUGUGCCUUUAACUUAACUUUGUUUGUUAUGUUAAGAAUUAAUUAGUUUCUGCUUUUCUUCUGUCAUUAUGGUAAGCAAAGAAAGUCUAAAAAGAGCCACUCCAUGAGGCUGCACCGAUGACAGAAUGACAUUGUAGUUUUGUUUAAAUGUGUAUCAUUUGUAUGCUUUCACCUUUAAAGCUAGUAAAAUGAUUUGUUUAGUAUA